GUUAUCAAAACUCCCACAAAACAAUUUGCGGAGGUCGAAAACCCCCACAGAUAGUGUUAAAAACCCCGCUAUUCAGCUGCGUUUUUUGUAAUGAAUUGUUGGACACCUCUCAAUGAUUCACUGUCAUAUUUAUACCAUGAUGCUUAUGUUAAGGAUUAUGUUUAUUCAAAGACAGUGACAGAGAAAUAUAUGUUGAGUUGCGGGAACAACGAAAAUGGUGGAGGGUUGGAGGUGGUUACUCUUAUAUGUGGGGUUGUAGGAGGGGACACUCUUCAAUUCUUCACACCUAGUAGUGUGGAAAUAUGUAUCUCGCAGAUUAUAGAAAAUGCAAAGGGAUACAAAUCACUGGAGUUUGUUCAAGAAUUUCUUGGGAAAAUUCCUUUUGUACAUGUUGAUGAUGUUUGUGAAGCUCAUAUAUUCUGCAUGGAAAGUAGCUCAAUCAAUGGAAGAUUUUUGUGUGCUAGUUCCUAUGUUUCGUUGAAAGAGAUCGUUGAUCAUUACGUUCUUCAUUAUUCAUAAUUCAUUGUUAAUCAAGAAUAUGCAGAUGGGCCAAAGAAGGAUAUGAAGUGAGGGUCAACAAAACUAUAUGACAAAGGACUUGUAUAUAAAUAUGAUGCUAAGAUGAUAUUGGAUGAUUGUAUCAAAUGUGCUAGAAGGAUGGGUCAUC